GUCUGGCAAUAUAAUUUUUGCAAAAUUGAAGUGGAAGAAGAAUACAAAUCUAGAAUUGAGAAAAAAGAAGCUUUUGUAACUGCUGUGGCCUGCUAUAAACUAUAUCUCACCCAAAGGUCAGGUGUUUACCAAUUCAAAAGGUUAGAAAACAAAGCAGAGAAAAAGUUAAAAAAUAUUCAACUAUUAAUAGAAGUCUCAACAAUACUUCCAUUUAUGACUUCAGUGGAUGUAGACCUCUCCCAAACUAUAUCUCAAGCCCCAGUAGUUCCUCCUACAAGACCUUAA